UCCCAUGAUCACUAUAAAUUAUAUAACUCCUAUGAGUUCAUAUUUGAAUUCAAUUAAACUUGGGAUAUAUUUAGGAUGAAAAUCGAGUCUUUUAUCUUCAUGUUCAUUUUUUGUGCAAUAAUUCUCGUCUCUAUUGUGACAAUAAGACCUUCUAAAUACGGGGAACAAGAUGGUGUAAAUGUAGAAUCCAAAACAAAAGUUGUUGUAGAUAAGGACGAAGGAUGGGGCGGAGAUGGACGUGGUGUAAACCGGAGAAGAAAAUAUGGUGAUUUAGAUAUGGGAGGUUGGCGAAAUGGAGGUUGGAAACAGGGAGGUUGGGCAGGAGGAUUACCAACAAAGAGAAAAAACAAUGGAGGAGGAAACAACGGAAGUUCGGAAGGAGUAAAAAACAAAGGAUCGCCCGGAGGAGAAAUCCGACAAGGACAACGAGUAGUUUCAGUAGGGGGUGAAAUCUGGAGAAGAAGGUGGAGGAGGUAUUGAAAGUGAAUAUUUUAAGGAACAUUUAUGAAAACCAGACACAUGCAUGUAUGUGUGUUUUGUAUCCCAUUCAAUAUGGAGUAUUACUUGUUCAAAUGGCUGUUUUAAAUAUAAAACAUUAAUAUAAUAUGUAUAUAUAACUCAAAAUAAGUAAAUCAAGGAACCACAAUAAGUAUAUCAACAUCAACAUCGAUGAUAAAAGAUAGAAAUACAUUGAAACAAAUGCUAUGAACACAACCAAAAUAAGGUCCAGGACCAUCAAGGAACCACAAUAACUAAAUGAAGAUAGU